UUAAAAAUUUUUCUUGAUAAAAAAGCUAUGGGAAGAAAUAUAGAGUCCUACAUCUUCAAUUCGUUACAUAUUACAUAUCCAAAUAAUACUGUCUAUAAAAAUCCGAAAUUUGAAGAAAAUCCUACUUCUCCAGCAUGUCCAUAAACCUGAAAUCUCCAGUUUAUGCUGGUAACCCAAUAAGAUCCAAAACCCCCAAAUUAACAGACCCAUGUUCACCCACUUCAGCCUUACAAACCCUAAAGAUUCUUCUUUCAGGUCAACCCCCCCAUAUCCAAGAACCAUCUUCCCCUAACUUCAAGGUGCUUCCUUUCAAAAAGGGCAGACCUUUAGCAGGCUCAACUGGUGAUUUGGUCAACAAAUGGCAUCUGGGGUGGUUGACUUUUGCUGAUUUUAAGGAUCUUUUGGAGGUAAAAUUGAGUGAUGAGUUGUUGGUGUAUUUGGGUUGCAAGAUUGAAGAAGAAGAUAGUGUUGUCUAUUGGGCUUUUGAUGUUUCAGAAGAUUCUAGUUUGGUGCAGCAGAAGUUGGGGAGUAAACAGCUUUGUUUUGUGGAGUUGAGGACUUUGAUGGUGGCUACUGAUUGGGCUGAUGAUACUGCUAUGGGUCAACUUGCUAUUGCUGGUCAUGCCAGAGCAUUAUUAGAAUGGCAUAAUGUGUCUCGGUUUUGCGGAUCUUGUGGUGAAAUGUUGAUUCCUGCUGAAGCUGGGAGAAGAAAGCAAUGUAUAAAAGAUUCUUGCAAGAAAAGAAUCUACCCUCGAGUUGAUCCGGUUGUCAUUAUGUUAGUCAUUGAUAAAGAAAAUGAUCGCGCGCUACUUAGUAAACAGUCAAGAUUUGUGCCUCGAAUGUGGAGUUGCCUUGCCGGAUUUCUAGAGCCAGGAGAAAGCUUGGAAGAGGCCGUGAGGAGAGAAACGUGGGAGGAAACCGGCAUUGAAGUUGGUGAAGUAGUCUAUCAUAGUUCUCAACCAUGGCCUGUUGGACCUAGCAGCAUGCCAUGCCAGUUGAUGAUCGGGUUUUUUGCAUACGCGACAUCACUUGACAUAAACGUGGACAAGAGUGAACUUGAAGAUGCUAAGUGGCACAGUAGAGAAGAAGUGAAGAAAGCGUUGACAUAUGCCGAAUAUGAAAGAGCACAAAAAACAUCAGCAUAUAAAGUAGAUCAAAUGUGUAAAGGGUUUCAGAAAGGUCAAAAUCUCGUUUCGGAUUCUAAUAUUAAAAGUGGAGAACUCGCGCCCAUGUUUGUUCCUGGUCCUUAUGCUAUCGCGCAUCAUCUAAUCUCUUCGUGGGCACAUCAGGUCAGCGUAAAUGGCAGUCAAACACAACAUAAAGGUGUUCGUUCACGAUUGUAGGGAUCCAUGUUUGUUGAUGAUUGUUUGAGCAUUCAAAAGAUCUUGUUACAUCGACUCACAGCCUGUACAUUGUAUCAUGUGUUUCUUGAAAGGCACUCUUAUGUAACAAUCUUAUAUGUUGUUGAUAAAUAAAUCACUGACUUUUGGCUUUGUGUCCAUUCUUAGAUA